AUGAGUCUAAACACUAGUGAUAGAUAUGCUGGUCUCAAGUUAAUCUACGGAGAAGGCUUGAUUGAAUUCAUUAGAACAAGUAAAAUUCUUGUGGUUGGUGCUGGUGGUAUCGGAUGUGAAUUAUUGAAGAAUCUUGUCUUGUCUGGAUUUGAAAAUAUAGAAAUUAUUGAUUUGGAUACUAUUGAUAUUAGUAAUUUGAACAGACAAUUCCUCUUUAGACAAAAACAUGUUGGAGAAUCAAAAUCAAAGAUUGCCAAGGAAACAGCCUUGACAUUUAAUCCAGCCUGUAACAUUAUUGCCCAUCACGGAAAUAUCAAACAUUCAGAUUAUGGAUUGGACUUUUUUAAACAAUUCAAGAUUGUUAUUAAUGCUUUGGAUAAUAUUGAUGCCAGAAGACAUGUCAAUAGAUUAUGUCUGGCAGCUAAUGUUCCACUUUUUGAUGGUGGUACUGCUGGUUAUUUGGGUCAAGCUAAGGUCUAUCAAAAGGGGUAUUCCGCAUGCUAUGAAUGUGGAGGUAAUAGAAAUGCUGAAAAGACUUUUGCUGUUUGUACUAUUAGAUCCAAUCCUUCAAAGAUGAUUCACUGCGUUGUUUGGGCUAAAUUGUUAUUCGAUCGUUUGUUCGGAGCUGUUGCACCAGGUGAUGAUAUUUCAAGUGGAUUUGAGGAAAUUCUUAAGGAAAGCCAAGAUUUUGAAAAUAAGAUUUUAAAUAAGGUCUUUGUUUCUGACAUUAUCGAAUUGUCACAAAUGAAGGACAAGAACGUGUGGAGUACUGGAAAAGUCCCAGAAGGACUCACUGAAGAAUACAUUACCAAGCUCGAACAAUCAGCAAGCACUGUCACCACUGAAAAGGUUGGUGUUAAGGAACAAAGAGUUUGGACCAUCAGGGAAUGUGUUGAUAACUUUAAGAAAAGUGUAAUUGCUCUCAAAAAGAGACGUGAUCAAUCUGGUCAAACACUUUCAUUCGAUAAGGACGAUGAAGAUGCACUCGUCUUGGUCACAUCAGCAUCUAAUUUGAGAGCUUUCAAUUUCCACAUCCCACCUGCUUCCAAAUUUGAUAUCAAGUCAAUGGCUGGUAAUAUUGUUCCUGCUAUAGCAACAACCAAUGCCAUUGUUUCAGGUUUCUUGGUAUGUGAAGCAUUCAAAACAAUGAAGAGUAUUUUUGAAAAUCAAGGAAAGGAAGACGUCAACCACAUCAAGGAUUGUGUGUGGGUUGACAUUUUGGAAAGACCAAUUACAAAGAGCAGAAAACAAACCAUCAUUUUCCCUCUUGUAAAAGACUCUAAAAAUUCUAAUUGCUAUGUUUGCUCAUCCAACUCGGUGACAGUUGUUGCAAAUUGUGACAAGAUGUCAUUACAAAAAUUUGUUGAAGAUAUUCUCAAAUCUAAGCUUGCUCUAGUUGAGCCAUCUAUCCUCGCCAAUGACGAUCUCAUUUAUGAAUGUGGUGAAGACUUGGAGGAAAACCAAAUUGAAAGUAUUCAAAAGAGACAACAAAAGACUCUUAAGGAGUUGGGUAUUGUUGACAAUACUGAACUCUUAGUUGAAGAUUUUUCACAGGACAUUACAUGGAAGGUCUUUAUAAAGAAUAAUACAAAGAUUGAAGUGGAAGAUUUCAGUGUGGAUGGAGGAAAUAAUGCUACAUCAACAACAGAGGCUGCUACUCCUGCUGCUUCUACUAGUGCCCCAACAUCAUCCUCAGAAACCAUCAGUUUAGACGAUGACGAGAAUGCUCUGGUAUGUGUAACUGAUCAAGAAAUCCAACGUAAAAUGCUCGAAGAGAGAAGAAACGAAUUCAAGAGAAAGAGAGAAGAAGUCUCAGAGAAUCUCUCUGAAGACACUAAUCCAACUAAGGUUUCCAAAGCUGUCGUUGAUGAAGAUGCCAUCCUCAUUGAUGAUGAAUAAAUGCACACAUCCUUUGU